AUGAUACCCGAGGGGAGCUGAAGAUCUCUGCAGUGUCAAAGUCUGAUGAAGGUUUCUACAAGUGUCAGUACUCAGGAAGAGAGUCAGCACAGAGCUGGAUGUCAGUUAAAGGUGAGCAGGAUCAAGACAUGUGAUGCAUGUUUUUUUUUUGUGAACCAUUUUGAUAUUUGAGAACUAGCAUGAUUAUCAUUAAGUACAGUCAUCAUAAACAAUAAAGUAAUGUGCUGUCCAUAAAAAAAAAAUGGCUGUUUUGAAGUUUGAAGUCAUUUGGUUCUACUUUUGCAAUUAUCUUACCAUUUUAAAUGUUUUUCCUAAUAAUUUUUUAAAUUGUUUCUAUUGUUAUUAUUAUUUCUUUGAAUUUGCAGUAGGUGUGUUAUGUCCUGAAUGCUCUUCUUUGCCUGUGUGGUUGAUUGUUGGAUUGGCUUGUGGAAUCUCUGUCUUUAUUAUUGUCCUGCUCUCGUUUUAUCACUAUAGAAAAAAAAAGGAUUCAAGCUUUAUUAGUCCAAUGACCACCACCAAUCAUGUAGUCAACCAGAGUGAAAUUGACAAACACAACUCUCUUGACCAUGGUGCAGGUAAAAUACAAGAUGUUACAUACUCUGAAAUUCAGCUUAAACAUGUUGGAAAAAAGAAGAAUCAUCAUAAAUCACAGGAGCAUACUAUUUACUCAGAGGUGAAGGUGGGAGUUGAAGAAAAACCAAGUCCUGCAGCAACUAAUGAGGAACUUUACUCCGAAGUCAGAUUAGAAAGCAGUCUCGAAGACAUUCCAACAUAUGCUGAGAUCAACCGUCACAAUAAAGCAAAAGCUAAGGAAAACCAGGAAGACAGUCCAAUGUAUGCUCAGGUCAACCGUCACAAUAAAAGAGCAACCAAGAACAACCAGGGUCAUUGAGCCGAAUUGUAGCAGUAAAACCAACCUCGAGCUUUUUUUUUGAAGCCAUUGUAUGCGCCUCUUAUACAGAAAUGUCUGUAGCUUGUUCUGUAUUUUGUACAAUUUUUUUUUAGUGAUAGUCAUCAUCAUUAUAAUAUACAGUAUACAAUAUAUAUAUAUAAUAUAUGGUACAGACAAGGUGUUUUCAUUUAGUGUUCAUAUUAUCUGUAUUCACUUAAUAAUAAAACAUGAUAUAAAGUUAGCUUUUAGAGUGUAACAUAAGAUAGGUUCCUCUAUGGGCACAAAGGAAUACUAUAAAUGCAUGUAUUGAAAGUUUUUGAACAUUACCUAAAAGAGGACUGCUAUAAUACGGUAUGGAUUUAAAUGUGUGAAUAAAUGCAUUUCUUCAUGGAAAUUGUAUGCAGUUAUAGUUUGGGUUUUUAUUUUGGCCUGAGCAGUGUUUUUGUUCUAUCAUGAUAUAGCUGUACAAUAUAAUUGUAAAAAUGUAAAGGAUUUAUCUUUGGUAACUUUCAACUAAAUGACCAUGUAUACAAUAUGAAUAGCAAAUCAUAGAGACAGCUUAAAGUUAAUCGACAUUUAGUACUGGGGUUCUAUUAUUUUGAAAAAUGAGUGUUUAGAAAAUCCAAUCAGAGUAAAUUCUCCGCUAUAAAAAUUUUCCUCUUUAUUGGACCUAAUAAUUUGCUCAUGCACCAUUUUUCUUCCGAUCUUCACUGAAAAUGGGAAAAUACUAUUUUCAGACCAAGACUCUCAAAAUCUCAAAAUUUUGGCAAGCUGGGUUGGUCAAAAUUCAACCAAGCAACUUUUUUUUUUUUCCGCAAUUUUGAGACCAACUGAACAGCUUUAUCCUUUCAUCUCUGCAUAUAAUGUUGGAACACCUGGGCUUUAGGUACACCUGUUCUGAGUGAGCUUGGUUAUAAAAUUGCCCUCCUUUCUGCAGUCACACCUCUCCAUUGCUCUCUGUCUGGAUUUUUGUUUAAAGCCUUCUGACUUGCAAGCCAGGAUAUAGCACGAUUUCUUGAGUCAUUUUUUGUUGCUUUCUACAUGCUUUGCUAUGCAUCCUGCAUUAAUGAUGGGCAACACUACAACAUUUUGGUAUUGACCCAAUGUAGUGUAGUGUACACUUUAUGUAGUCCUGUAUUGAUUUACUGUUUUAUGUAGCACCAAGUUCUUGGAGGAAUGCUGUCUUGUUUCACUCUGUACUGAACCACUGUAUAUGGUUGACAUGACAAUAAAGCCGCUUGACUUGAAAUAUA